AUGGCUAAUAACUGUGCAGAUUGCGAUCGCGAUUCAGCUUUUGGAGACGACGACGACUUCUGGACUACAAAUCCGAUGUUUUCUUUGGACGCACCAGUGACUGGGACCAAGCGUGCUGCAGACAAUCUGAAAGAUGACGCCGCACGAACCCGGGGCCAAUCAACCCCGUCUCAGCUUGAACAUGGUACUCAACCCGUUGAUCCAAGCUUGUGUUGCACUCGCUGCCCAGAAACAUGCGACGUGCGCUCAACUAAGCGGAGGGCCUCCGCCCUAAAGGUGGCCGAGUAUCACGAACUCACCACCGAAUCACACACCGGUCUUGAUGCGGAUUGUUCUUUCCCAGAUGACUGCUUCGAGAAAUUCUGUCAGGAAUGCAAUCUGGAGCCAUCCUGUCCACCAGCCCCUUGCCCUGACGACAACUGUCCCGAUGGCUGCCCCGAAGACUGCCCCGAAGACGACGCUUGUUUCGACCCACGGUGUACUCAGAAAGAUGAGCAUUGUACAGACGACUGUAUAGAUCCCCAGUGUACAAAGGUCGCUUGUCCAGACCAGGUAUGCUGCUGUCAGAAGUGCAACGCUCAACCCUUCGCUCUGCCUGGCACGCAGCACGAGUGUCACUUCGCUCAUUCCGCCCCUACGUCCGUCGGUACUGUGUACUGUUACGACUCUGCGCCUUGCCAUUUUCAAGAAGGCUUCCAUGGACAAGAUGAUGGGUUAUCUUCGUUUGAGACAUAUCCUUGCUUCUCCCAAACUCACGGGUACAAUACCGUCGCGGAUGACCUGACCACGAUAGCGUCAAGCGCUCCAACACCAGCUUUGUCGCACAGCAAUUACACUUCGCUAGAAAGUGCAUUCACCACUGAGCCGUCACCGGGGCCUGGACAAACGAUCUUCCCACCACACUGUUACCUCGACGUCGCCGGUGAUCACUGUCACAUCGAUAACUCGUGUUGUCAUGGAUCUCAAAGAGCCUGUGGUGAUGCCCCGUCUGCAUCGCAACAACAGCUUGAGCUUUGGAACUCUUCAAUAGCAUCAGGCAACGGUUUGGCUUCAAAUUUUAUGAACUUUGGCUUCAAUCCAAGCCUGCCAACGAGCCCUGUUUCGGCCGAUCGCAACUCUCUACACUCGUCGAACCCGUUCAGCCUGAACUCUCCCAUGAUAGAUUUUAACGACCAGACAUUCCACGAUCAGUCGUGGAUGCUGACAGAUUCGGCGUUCUCGAACACUUUUCAACCAGCAAGCUCAUUCACUGGUGCAAACAAACUCGACUUCCUCGCUUCGGCGGUCCAGAGUGAGAUCUUGCGGCCAAGCACAUCGGAUUUGACAGUUUCGAGCUCGGCUUCUGCUGCUAGAGCUCAAACUGAAGCUCAAACGUGUAUAUGUAAAUGGCAACAUGCACCCGGUGUCCUCUGCCUCGCCGUCUUCGACGCCCCCGAAGCCCUUCACAGACAUAUCAAGACCGGACACGUAGACAACUGCACACACUGCUUCUGUCAAUGGGAAGGUUGCGAAGCACACUCUAAAGAUUUCAAGCAGCGCUCCAAGCUGUCUCGCCACCUUCUCGGUCACGCGGGUUAUCGCCCAUAUGCUUGUAGCUAUGAAGGAUGCGAGAAGACGUUUGCCACCAACCAAGCGAAGGACAACCACGAGAGAACACACACAGGCGAGAGGCCAUAUGUAUGUGACCGUUGCGGUUACACAACAACGACACAUACACAACUACAAACACACAUCAGUGCGCUACACGAGGGUAAGAAGCCGCAUAAAUGCCGGUUCUGCGAGUUUACAUGCGCCGACUCGAGUAAUUUGAGCAAGCAUGAAAGGACACACCAAACGCUACGACCAUACAGAUGUCCCCACCCAAACUGCACAUUCAAGCCCGACUGCCGCUGGGAGAACUUGAAGCGGCACUUGCGUCGUUCGAGCCACUGCCCGCAACUCCUGGUAGAAACCAGCGAAGAGUACAAGUCCUACCGCGAAGGUGUACGGCGUGAGAUCGACGACUGGCAUAAGCGAAACGAAGAUGGUGGCCUAGGAAAGGCCGGUAGGAGGAAGGGCAGAGCGUAG